AUGGCUGGCCUGAUCGUGGCGCUGGGCGAGACUGUGCAGUUUGCAAUUCCCGAGAAAGACGAGUUGGAUCCGGAUCCCCGAACUCCAGAGCCCCCCGCUCUCGAUGGCCGGGACAAGUCGCCUAGAAACUCUGUGAACACAGGUGAUGGCGGUAGAAACCAGCGCCUGACCUCCAAUGGUCGCGCAGGGAUUUCUCCAGCUUUUUUGUCGUUGGUGGAUCAGCUGGUGCAUCAGCACAAGAUCGAAGUGGCCACAUCUACUCAUCGGACUCAUCUGGUGAAGAGCUUUGAAUUGCCCAGUGCGGCCACCACGGACAUGGACCGAUUGGUCUCCAGUGCCUCGGAAUCCCCUUCUGGAAAGCCGCGGCACAGCGUGUCCACCGACGAGGAGUCCAAGACCUCUAGCCGGAUGUCGAAUGGCGCGAAGGGAACCUCCCAGUCUCUGAAACCGCAGCAUCACCUCCAGCGAAGUCCCACUGUGGCCAGGGUGAUGUGUCAUCACCAUGGGGAUCUGAAAGAAAUGAAUGCGAGUAAAAUUCUAGAUGCCUUCGACAUGCAAAAACUCUUGGAGAAAGACGACACAGAUGCGCUCGACAUCUACCAGGACCCCCGUACAUCGAAAAAGUUGCACUUGGCACCCUCGAAGACCAACGCUUCGUUUCAGACGUUUGAUUGGGAUGAGAUGGAGGACGAGUCCUGUCUCACCAAACUUCAGGUCUUCAUGCAAUCCACCCGCUACGAGUUCACCAUCUCGAUAGUUCUGGCUCUGAACGUUCUGUGGAUGGCCAUUGAACUGGAGCUGGAGGGAACUGCUGCAGGCGUUCCCUUGGGAAUUUAUGACAAAGGCAUCAACGUCAGCGACUGGACGAGCACCUUCAGACUUGGAGAUAGCAUUUUUGCCUACAUCUUCAUAGCGGAUGUGCUACUCCGCAUCUUGGUUCUACGCAGCAAGUUUUUCCAGGUGUGGUUGAAUUACGUCGACAUGGCUGUCUCCAUCACAUCCUUGGCGGAGAUCAUCUUGAGCCGUGACGAAUUGGAACUACCAAUCCCGCCACAGAUGUUCAAGCUCUUGCGCAUCGGCAAGCUGGCGCGAGCCAUUCGUAUGAUCACCAUGACGACGAUGAUGUUGUCCUUGCAGCUGCUGAUCAAAUGCUUGGCGGCAAGUCGUGGAAUGCUUUUUUGGAGUUUUUGCUUGAUGAGUUUCGUGCAAUGCGUGGCAGGGAUGAUCUUGGCAACCCUGUGUCAAGACUUUGUCCAGGACACGGCCAGAGAUCCAAAGAUUCGGGAAGAGGUCUUCCGAUAUUAUGGCACAUUUACCCGCACCUUCCUCUCGAUGUUUGAGAUUUUAUUUGCAAACUGGAGUCCUCCUUGUCGAAUUUUGGUCGAGAAUGUCAAUGAGUGGUUCUCCGUUUUCUUCUUGAUCUAUCGAUGUGUCCUUGGUUUUGCUGUGAUCAAUGUUGUGAACAGUGUCUUUGUUCAGCAAACGAUGAAAACCGCCAGUUCAGACGAGGACCUGGCGUUUCGACAGAAACAGAAGGACAUCGCGGCCUACACCCGAAAGGUGAGAAAGCUGUUUCAGACGAUGGAUCAGUCAGGCGACGGGACGCUCAACCUGGAGGAAUUCGCCAAGUUGGUCACCAAUCCGAAGCUGAAAUUCUGGAUGAGUCAGUUGGAGUUAGAGUACCAUGAUCUCAUGAGCCUCUUUGAAUUCUUGGACAACGGGGAAACCUGGCAGCGCAGUUGCCACAUGUUGUGCGAAGUAGCCCAGAAUGCUAUUCGUUCCAUGAGAUUAGUCAUGGAAAAUCUCCGUUUGACUGGUGAAUGGGACGUCUUUCGAAGGAAUCGGUCAGGAAGGCCUUAUGAAGAGGUAAUUUUGGUUGUGGCCGGUCAAGGCAACCCGCUCUUCGGCCAAAGAAAGCUCGACCGCUUCCGUGCUGUGUCCGCAAGGCAAAGGCUACUCCUUCAGAAGCUGCAGCAGAUCUGGAGCUCCCUUCGCCUCAAGCGUCAGCAGCACCGCAUGCAGCAGGAGCAGAUGUGGAGGCAACAGCAGGAACAGUUGCAAAGGCAAAGGCUACUCCUUCAGAAGCUGCAGCAGGUCGAGGAGACCAACCCAGAAAGUCCGGUUGUUGCCAAGGGCACCGAGAGCAGCUCUGUGAGUGGCAAUCCCGCAGUGCCCACAAGUGUGAAGGCAGAAACUAUGCUACCUGCUUUGGACGUGGUCAUGUCGUUGCAGGCCGCUUUGCCACACUUAUCCAGAGCAGCUGCUGCGGAUGUGAAGGCAGCACUACAAGCCCUUGGCACCCCUUUGACGCUAGAGGCAGGCUUAUCUUCUUCGAAGGUGUCAGCAGACGCAGUGGUGGAGGCCAGCUCAUCUUGUGCGACGACUUCAAAGGUUCCAGCAGGAACAGCUAUAGAGGCAAGCUCAUCUUCUUCGAAGGUGUUAGCAGAAGCAGUGGUAGAGGCCAACUCAUCUUGUGCGACGACUUCAAAGGUUCCAGCAGGAACAGCUAUGGAGGUUAGCCCAUCAAGUGUCAAGUCUGCAGCAGGGGCGGUUGUGGAGGCAACAGGAGGAACAGCUACGAAGGCAAGUUCAUCUGUGUCGAAGCUUGCAGCAGAAACGGUGGUAGAGGUGGUGACUUUGGAGCUGCGUUCCCUGGAGCAACGGUUAAACUACGGCAGCGUUUCGGCUGGCGCCAUGGAUGAGGCCAAGGAGGCCAUGGCCAAGGAGCUGGCGGAGCAACAGGUGCAACUGGAGCAGCGCCGGGAGGAGGUGGUGAAGUUGGAGGAAUCUCUGGAAGUCGCGCAGGCCAGGGAAGGGCUUGCAACAGCAUGGCAGUUGUAUUGCGAGCAUUUUGCAGACGGGCAGUGCGAUGUAGCGAGUAAAACCGAUGAUUUCCUCCGGGAUUUCUUGACUCGCGCGUUGAGUUGA